CGGGUAGAGAGGGCGGCGGCACUGAAUGAGUAGCGGAAGCGCUGGGGGUCACGGGUCUGCGCGUGGCCGCGCAGCCGGCGGCAUCUCCAUACCAUGAAUUACCCGGGCCGCGGGUCCCCGCGCAGCCCCGAGCAAAACGGCCGGGGCGGCGGCGCCUGGGAGCUGGGCUCGGAUGCGGGAACGGCGUUGGGCGGCACCGUCUGCUUCUUCGAGCACCUGCCUGGCGGAGACCUGGGCGACGGCGACGGCGACGUGCCCCUGGCCCUACUGAGCAGGGACUCCGGGCUGCAACUGGCGCCGGGCGCCGAGGACCACAACCACCACUUGGCGCUGGACCCCUGCCUCAGUGACGAGAACUAUGACUUCAGCUCCACGGAGUCCGGCUCCUCGUUGCGCUACUACAGCGAGGGCGAGGGCGGCAGCUCCUCGUCGCUGCACCCACCGCAGCAGCCGCCGCUGGUCCCGACGAACUCCAGGGGUGGCGGGGCAGUGGGAGGGGGCCCCGGGGAAAGGAAGCGCACCCGGCCCGGCGGCCCGGCCGCCCGGCACCGCUACGAGGUGGUGACGGAGCUGGGCCCAGAGGAGGUGCGCUGGUUCUACAAGGAGGACAAGAAGACCUGGAAACCCUUCAUCGGCUACGACUCGCUCCGCAUCGAGCUCGCCUUCCGGACCCUGCUGCAGGCCGCGGGUGCCCGGCCCCAGGCCGAGGACCGCGACGGCGAGCAUGUCUGCGGCCCGUCCUCCCCGGCGGGCCCGGCCUUCAGCUCCGGGGAAGACGACGAGGACCGCGCCUGCGGCUUCUGCCCGCUCACGGCGGGGCACGAGCCCGAGAUGGUAGAGCUGGUGAACAUCGAGCCAGUGUGCGUGCGGGGCGGCCUCUAUGAGGUGGAUGUGACCCAAGGAGAGUGCUACCCGGUGUACUGGAACCAGGCUGAUAAAAUACCGGUAAUGCGUGGACAGUGGUUUAUUGAUGGUACUUGGCAGCCUCUAGAAGAAGAGGAAAGUAAUUUAAUUGAGCAAGAACAUCUCAGUCGUUUUAGGGGUCAGCAGAUGCAGGAAACUUUUGAUAUUGAAGUGUCAAAAUCCAUAGAUGGAAAAGAUGCUAUUCAUAGCUUCAAGUUGAGUCGAAACCAUGUGGACUGGCACAGUGUGGAUGAAGUAUAUCUUUACAGUGACGCAACAACAUCUAAAAUUGCAAGAACAGUUACUCAAAAACUGGGAUUUUCUAAAGCAUCAAGUAGUGGGACCAGACUUCAUAGAGGUUAUGUAGAAGAAGCCACAUUAGAAGAUAAGCCAUCACAAACUACCCAUAUUGUAUUUGUUGUACAUGGCAUUGGGCAGAAAAUGGACCAAGGAAGAAUUAUCAAAAACACUGCCAUGAUGAGAGAGGCAGCAAGAAAAAUAGAAGAAAGACAUUUUUCCAACCAUGCAACACAUGUUGAAUUUCUGCCUGUUGAAUGGCGGUCAAAACUUACUCUUGAUGGAGACACCGUUGAUUCCAUUACUCCUGACAAAGUACGGGGUUUACGGGAUAUGUUGAACAGCAGUGCAAUGGAUAUAAUGUAUUAUACUAGCCCACUUUAUAGAGAUGAACUAGUUAAAGGCCUUCAGCAAGAGCUGAAUCGAUUAUAUUCCCUUUUCUGUUCUCGGAAUCCAGACUUUGAAGAAAAAGGGGGUAAAGUCUCAAUAGUGUCACAUUCCUUGGGAUGUGUAAUCACUUAUGACAUAAUGACUGGCUGGAAUCCAGUUCGACUUUAUGAACAGUUGCUGCAGAAGGAAGAAGAAUUACCUGAUGAACGAUGGAUGAGCUACGAAGAACAACAUCUUCUCGAUGAACUCUAUAUAACAAAACAACGGCUGAGGGAAAUAGAAGAACGGCUACAUGGAUUGAAGGCAUCAUCUAUGACACAAACACCUGCCUUAAAAUUUAAGGUUGAGAAUUUUUUCUGUAUGGGAUCCCCACUAGCAGUGUUUUUGGCGUUGCGUGGCAUCCGCCCAGGAAACACCGGAAGUCAAGACCAUAUUUUGCCUAGAGAGAUUUGUAACCGGUUACUGAAUAUUUUUCAUCCUACAGAUCCAGUGGCUUAUAGGUUAGAACCAUUAAUACUGAAACACUACAGCAACAUUUCACCUGUCCAGAUCCACUGGUACAACACUUCAAAUCCUCUACCUUAUGAGCAUAUGAAGCCAAGCUUUCUCAACCCAGCAAAAGAACCUACCUCAAUUUUAGAGAAUGAAGGCAUUUCAACUAUGCCAAGCCCUGUGACCUCACCAGUCUUGUCCCGCCGACACUAUGGGGAAUCUAUAACGAAUAUAGGCAAAGCAAGCAUAUUAGGGGCUGCUAGCAUUGGAAAGGGACUUGGAGGAAUGUUGUUCUCAAGAUUUGGACGUUCACCUGCAUCACAGCCAUCUGAGACAUCAAAAGACUCAAUGGAAGAUGAGAAGAAGCCAGUUGCCCUGCCUCCUACUACCACUGUGGCAACACAGACCCUUCCACACAGCAGUUCUGGCUUUCUUGAUUCUGCAUUGGAACUGGAUCACAGGAUUGAUUUUGAACUCAGAGAAGGCCUUGUGGAGAGCCGCUACUGGUCAGCCGUCACGUCACACACUGCCUACUGGUCGUCCUUGGAUGUUGCCCUCUUUCUUUUAACCUUCAUGUACAAACAUGAGCACGAUAAUGAUGCAAAACCCAGUUUAGAUCCAGUCUGAACUCUUGAAGCCAUUAUGGCCCAAAACUGAUUUUUUUUUCUGUUAAAAUGUGUGUCAAGAUAUGGAGAUAUCAGGGUUAAGAAUGUUUCAGUUUUGUUUAAGGCAAGAAAUAAUUUAAAAGCACUUUAGUAUUUUUUUUUAAUGUUUUCUGUCCUAAGGAAGUUAUUUACAGUUUCUAUCAUUUUGACUGUGAGUGGGACAACCUUUUUGCAGAGAACGAAGCAAGACCUGGAAGUGAAGAAGGUUUGGGUCAACUGCAUGGAAAGGUUAAAAUCGCAAUCUAAUUUCUCCCAAAUAUGAAGGCGUAUUAAUGGGUUAAAUCUAAUGUAUUAACCACAAUAUGUUGUAAAUCUAAAAUGGUCAAUGUCCAAUGUGUUCUAUGUAAAGAUCACAAGGUGGUAUUAUUGUUUUAUAUUUCUGUGAAAGCUUCCAUUUCCACAAUUCCUUUGAAAGAAGAAUGUGACAUUUAAAAUGGUUUUGAGUUUAACUUGUUUAGAAAAAUUAAUGCUAAAAAAGAAACAAUAUUUGAACUACUGUAUUUAUAAUUUAUUACCAAUAAUUGCUUUAUUUCAAUGUGUGAAACAUUUUUUAAUGUUUCCUUUGAACAUAACUCAAGAAGCACAUUUAUUUUCUGUAGUGUUGAGACCCUUUUUUUCUCAGAACUCCGUCUUUGUGCUCUUCAGAUGAAUAUACAGACACUGUGGCAUACUUUCAGUAUUUUUUUUAUUCAUUAAAAAGUUGUGGUUUCAUACAAAUAGCACUAUUUCAAUCAUUUUUUAAUAAUGAACAGUUUAUUAUGUCACAUGUACCUCAGAGAAAGCUAAAUUUUUCUAAAGUUGACACAGAGUACUCCAUAAUGCUACAUUCCAUUAACUUUAUUAGAAUAUUAGUAAACGUCUUUGGAAUAGGGAAUAUGACAACUACUUUAAAUGUACAAAUAUUUGUGUGCCAAACAAUUAACAUAUAUGAAGGGAUGGAGUGCCACUAACAAAUUUUAAAGUGUUUAAGAAAACAUUGAGACAUAAGGUACCAUAAAUCAGGAUUCUAGGGCACUGGAAGGGUCUUUCUCAGCUGUAAUUGUUUCCACAGUGCUUUUCAUCUGAGGAGCUCAAAGUGCUUUAAAAAGAGGGGUACAUUAAAUAAUGUAUGUAGUAGCUCCUUGAGGUAGGUAAAUGAGUGUUAUUCUGUAUUACAUGUUAAUACACCAAGGCACCAAAACAUUUAAAGUGCCUUGCUUUAGAUUGCAUAGCAAAUCAGAAAAGCUUGGAUUGAAGCCAGACCGUAUUCUUCUAUAUGUUGUCCCAUGACUAAUAAUUCACGUGACCUCUUAGUAGUUUGAAAACAGUAGUAACAGAAGUUGCAAUUCAUAAUUUGGAGAAAUGACCAUGAAGCCAAUGUUAUCCUCUUUGACCUAUACAUUCUUGGGUUCUCACACACAAAGGAGGAGUUACUUAAAGGGGAUCAGUAGCCAUCUCUGCCACAACCAACCCUUACUUCUGAAUGGCUUCCACUAGGUUCCACUUAAGGUGCUGUCUUUGCUUAUCUUGCAAGGAAUUUUUAGCUUCCCAGUAAUCUUUGUCAAACUGGAAGCAGAGAGGGUCAGUUGCACAUCUCACCUGCUCCUUUCUUGAUAAGAUAGUACAGUCUGUGGCUUACUUGUAGGUUUUACUUGUCACCACCAGUACUGUUGGCUGUUUUGGCCUUUCAUUGAAUUUGCACAACAGAAAGCACUUCAUUUUAGUGUCUUAAAAAUCCCAAGGCUCCAUGACCUAGUACAUGACUCACUAAGAAACCCUUGCUAUAAAAGGCUUUUGAUGAGAUCUUAGCAAAGCUGAAGCAAUCUCUUUUGAAUUUAGAGAUUCCUAUAAACUCAGGUCAUUUUCAUAGCCUGUUUAUUUUGUAGAUCUAAUUUAGUUCUCAGGAAAAUUAAACUCAUGUCAUAUGAUUUAUCAUUAAAGGUACUUGUGCAUAUGUUGCUGUAGAUGGUAUGCAUAAGAAUUUUAAGGGAUUCAUUCUUAAACACUGGAAUGUGAAAAGCCCUUUUUACCUGAGAAGUGUGAAAUUCCAUCAGACCUUUCAAUUUGAUAUCAUUGAGUAAGAAGAAAGGUGUGUUCCCCUAGCCAUAGGAAUAUGUCUGCAUUUUUUUUUUUUUUUCAUAUUGAGAAAAAGUCAAAUUUAACCACCUGGAGUAUAUUUGAAUUCUUGCAAAGAGCAACAUUCACAACCCCUUUCCAAAAUAAGAUGUUCUGGGCUAUUGGACAUGUGUUUUGUUUUCAAUUCAUUAUUUCAUCAAUAGAGAUGGUGAUUUUUGUUUUGUAGUACUUGUGUUUCUGUGUCUGCAUGUUAUCAUGGGAUGUACUUGUAUAUACUCAAGUAAUAUACAGAAUAUGUGUAAUUCUGGCUUGAUUUAGAAGCUAAGUCAGUUACUGAGUAACAUUUUGCAAGUUUAUUCCAGCAGUACUAAAUUGGCCAAAAAAAGUUCUGUUUUUGAUACCAUUAAAAUUUUAUUCUCUA